CUGACUCCGCCCUCGUCAUUUUACACAUCGGAAAAAAUGGAUUCUGCAGAAGUCGAGUACAGGUGCUUCGUCGGAGGCCUGGCCUGGGCCACCGACGAUCAGUCCCUGGAGAGGGCGUUCAGUCAGUUCGGAGAGGUCGUUGAUUCCAAGGUCAUCAACGAUCGUGAGACCGGGAGGUCCAAGGGGUUCGGAUUCGUGACUUUUAAGGAUGAGGACUCGAUGAAAGCUGCAAUUGAGGGGAUGAACGGUCAGGAACUCGACGGCCGCAGCGUCACCGUCAAUGAGGCUCAGGCGCGCGGUAGCCGUGGCGGAGGCGGUUAUGGCGGUGGCUACAACCGCGGAGGAGGCGGUUACGGCGGCGGUGGAUACGGCGGAGGUCGUCGUGAAGGUGGUUACGGGGGCGGUGGUGGCGGUUACGGAGGUGGCCGUCGCGAGGGAGGAUAUGGAGGAGGAGGAGGUGGUAGUUACGGUGACGGAGGUUACAGGGGCAGAUCCGACGGAGGAAGCUGGAGAAAUUGAGGAUCGUGUGUGGAAUAAUUUUACAAAUUGGAACGUUCUAGAAGAAUGUUAGGGUCAUUGGCUCUGCUUUUUGCGUGUGGGUUCUGUUCUCUCUAAUCUUGAUCGCUGGUUCUGUUGUUCUCGGUGGUUCGUUCAUGUGUUGUUUCGAUCAAAUUGUUCGACAUGGAUAUAUCACCACACUUUUUUUGUAAGAGCGACCAUAACUCCACCGAUCGAAAUGAGACGAUUCCAGAAUUCAAAACAAA